UGGAUUCAGCCUAGCCGAGCGGCGCGUCCUGUUCCGAAGGAAGGACGUGGUCAUUAGACGACGAUGGCUCCUGCUGCUGUCGUCUCUACCGUGCAGCCUCCUGAGAUCCAGUUUGCUCAGAGGUUGGCCUCGAACGAGAAACGGAUUCGGGAUCGGGCGCUGAAAAAGCUACGUGGCUACAUCACGCUCAGGACCCGGAGUCUAGAGGGUUGCUUCAGUCAAGAAGAAUUGUUAAAAAUAUGGAAAGGACUAUUUUACUGUAUGUGGAUGCAGGAUAAACCUCUCUUGCAGGAGGAGUUGUCAAAUAAUAUAUCACAGCUAAUCCAUUUAAUCGAGAAUAUGGAUACUCGACACUUGUUCAUUCAGACUUUCUGGCAAACCAUGAAUCGUGAAUGGAACGGAUUAGACCAGUUGCGGCUAGAUAAAUUUUACAUGUUGAUCCGCAUGAUGCUGAGGCAGUCCUUUGAAGUUCUGAAAAGAAAUGAAUGGAAUGAAAGUUUAAUCCAACCGUUUCUGAACACAUUAAUGACGGAAGUUAUGCACCCAGACAGCCAUGCUCCCAUUGGUAUUAAAUUGCAUUUCAUUGAUAUUUAUCUGGAAGAACUGGCUAAAGUUGGAGCUAAAGAGCUCACAGCAGACCAGAAUAUCAAGUUUAUUGAACCAUUCUGCAAAAUCAUUGCCAAGACCAAGGAUCAUCUUAUGCUACAAGCCAUAAUCUGUGGUAUCUUUGAAACCAUUGUGGAUCAGUCCCCAUUUGCCAUAGAAGAUUUAAUGAAAGAACUAGAACCCGGCAGAGGUGUUGACAGUUCAUCAGAAGACGAAAAAUGGAGUGAUGAAGAAGAUAAAGAAAUGGCCAUAGACAGGGGCUUUUCAAACAAACUCUCUCCAAGUUCAGAGGCACAUGGUAACGUUUUAGAAGAUACAGAUGCUAACAUUGGACCUGUUCUUCAGUUUGAUUAUAAAGCAAUCGCCGACACAAUCUUUGAGUUGGGCAGCAGAAAAAACACGCCUGCUUUUAACAGAAAGCGCCUCUACAAAAUGGUUAAAAAGUUUCAAGAUCUUGCAGAAGGGAGCUUCCCUCAAGAUGAUUUCCCUGAAGAUGUUUCUACAGAUGAGGAUGAUGAUACCUUCAGCAGGAGGAAAUUGAAAAGAAAAUCUGGCAAACCGUUAGAUAAAGCUCAGCUGGGGAAAAAAGACAACAGUCAAACCCAAAAGAAUGAUAGUGAGGAAGAAGAGGCCAACACAGGACUGCAAAAGAAGAAGAAGAGAAAGAGAAAGUCCAGUCAGACAGCCGGUGCUUGCACAGCUGCUAGAAAUAAUGAGAACAGACCAGUCAGUGUUGAAUCCAAAGUGCCAAACCCAGGCAAGGAAUCCUCAAAUACCAGGAAACGACACAAGUCUUUAAGUACAGAGGCCAAUGAAUUUGCUUCUACGGUGAUUCCCACUGAAGGACUCAGGGAUGAUUCAUCCUUGCAGUCAUUGACAUGUUUAGUCAAUGGCAUAAAGAAACAUCCCCCCCAAAAAAAUGACAGCCUACCAAAAGUAGUGUAUCAGAAUGGACAGAACAAUAAUGGCAGCAAAGAGGACCCUGGUUACUGUACUACAGGAGGUCACACUGAUAAAAUUAUGAAGAAAAAAACAUCAGAAAUCACUGGAAAGUUUUUUUCUGAAGAGAACGUUAAACUGCCAGGGAAAAAAUGCCUUGCACAGUCAGAACCUACUGUACUCCAGAAAGUCAAGUUGAAGAGGAAAAGAAAGUUGGGGAAUUUGGUGAGGAUUACAUGUUCCAAGCAGAAAGUAAUUGGCUUGAAAAUGCAAAGAAAAAUCAAGGAAGUCCCAAAAUCUACAGAAAGAAAUGAACUUGAAAACAAGAAGAGGAAGAACAAAAAAACUGGUGGCAUUGCCCUUCCAAUGAAGAAAACAAAGGCAAAGGUGGAGAAUGAUUUUGUGAAGUUUGAAAAGACAGGAUUACCAAAGCCAAGCUUCUUUAGAAAAGCUAAAGGGAGCAUUACUGCCAUGCAGUUAAGCAAGCUACAACCUUCCAGCUCCAAAAAGGUUACCUUUGGAUUGAAUAAGAAUAUGACUGCUGAAUUUAAGAAGACAGACAAAAGUAUCUUGGUCAGUCCAGAGGGAGUCUCCCGGGUAGCUUUCAAUCCUGAGCAGAAACCACCCCAUGGGGUCCUGAAGUCCUCCUCUAGCUCUUUGACAGAAACCCCUCAAAUAAAGAAGUCCCUUAUAACUCCAGCUAAGAAGAGACCAACUGCUAUGGACUUCUUCUAAGCCCAAUAAAUGGAAGAGAGUUUUGUACUGAACGUUUCAGUUACCAGCUCUUUCUGGAGUCAUCUUCAAAAUCUUAUUUUCACAGCUAAUAUGAUACUAUACAUAAGGUUUGGAUUAUGUGGCCUCUGGUUCUUCAAAAAGCACCUCUUUGGCUGCAGAUUAGAACUGCUUUGUAUAUGUUGUUAGUGAAAAAGAUAAAAAGUUACCUCAGGUUUGAAGAUCAAUUUUUAAAAAAUAACACUGUUAUCAGAUGAAUAAUUUUGUAAAGCUUUAUUUUAAACUGCUUUUGGUUGUACUCUGUUUAUUAUUUUAAUCUUAUAUAGGCUCCGUUCCACCUUUCUACUCUGUUUCAUUUUUCCCCCUGCAAGCCUCCCAUCUUCCUAUCUAAAAUUUUUGAGAACAAGUUUUUCAAAGGAAAAAAAAAUCUUCAUUUGAAUCACCUGUUUUAAUGGCAUACAUUAAAACUGUUACUACUCAAACUCAUGUGCUGCACUUUGCACACAGUGCCUAAGCAUGUGCUGUAGCAUUUUUAAUUCAAUACUCUUAGCUGCUUCAGAACUGCUCCUCUGUUCAUAAGAUGUGUGUGCUCUAAUCUGAUGCCCUCCAGAUGUGUUGAGACUAAAAUUCCCAGCCAGGAUUGUCCAUCUAUUUAUGUGAAGGGAAAAGAUAAUUACUGUAUAUUUUCCUUAGUAAAUAUAUGCAUGUUUAUGCAGCUUGCCUUCACAAAAACAUUCAAUUGAGGCAUUGUUCUUCCUCUAUUAAAAUAAACUAAAUUAAAUUAUCACCUCUGCAAAAGCCUUUGUGCCUUCUGACUACGGGGUAAGGAUGGUUCAUAAAGCCACGUGAAUCAAAGGGGGAGGAUCUGUCAUAUCUAAAGCCCUGCUGAUGCUGGAAGGAUGUAAAUAGUAUUUUGCUGGGAUCUUUCUCCCACCAUCAGAGUUUCUGUCCAUUGAUUUGCAAUACAUGGAAAUGAAUAGCUUUACUGACUAGAUUUACUGUAAUUUGGGAUAAAGCCGAGGAAUAGAAAGGUUUGGGUUCCCGUUGUUAGAAGUCUGCUCCCAAUGAUCUUCUGUAGAUAGAUGGUAAACCCCCCUUUUUGUGGCUGGUGGUAUUGGAGCUUCAAGGGCAGAUGGUUUCUUUUUCCUCUUUCUCCAUCCUCAGCAGAAUGAUUCAAAAAGUCCUAUAAAGUUUGGGAAAACUUCCCAGGAACCAGUAUCUUCAGCAUGGAAUAUGCUGAUGUCACCAUGCCUCUCUUCAUUUUGAUGUUUUUACAAAAUUAUUUAUUUUUUACAUCAAAUAGUUAUUUUACUCUAAAACUUUAUUCCUCAUUUCUUUAAUCAACAUAGCAUAAAACACAGCUUAGCAAACCUUGCAAACAGUUCAUAAAUUGAUGUGAUUUUUUUUUAAAAAAGCUUUGUAAUAAAAAUGUUAUUUCUGUUUUGUAUUCCAUAGAAUGAAUGGGUCUUCUGAGCAAUCGGUUACUUCAGUAUUUCUUCAGAAUGCUCAUAAAGUUGCAAACGAAUUAUAUUUUUGGUUUUAGUUUCAGAUAUCUCAAACUAUUAUACUUGUUAAUAUCACUGAUAAGUAUCCUGUGUGCUUGAUAUGAGGUGGCUUUAGUUGAUUCAGUUUUAAGUAAUGUGAAUCCACUAAGAAUUAAAUACAGGACUCUUUCUAUCAUUUCUAUCAGUAUAUCUUUCUUGACUCAUUCACGAAGUACAAAGGAAGAAAAACAUUGUUAUCAUAUUGUAUUAAUAUCUUGUAAAAUUAAAUUUGUACUAAUAUAUAAAAGCAAGAAGAUUAGAAUAUUGCUUUUAAAACUAUAUACAUUAAUGUGGAAUUGGAAGGAUUCAAUCUAAGUUAUCUACUUAUGGACAAAGACAUGCCUAGAAUCAAUUAUACGCAGUGAGUUAUAGAUCAUUUUCUUAUACAGGGUGCUACAGGGCAAGCCUUUGGGCCAGCAUCAGCCGCUGCAUCAGUAAGCACCUGUCUGAAGAUUCCAGUCCAUUCCUCUGAGCAGAACCAGUUGGUUAAAUCUAGGCACCAUCUGGAUUUUUAAGAAAGCUUCUACUAUAACAAUCUAGUGCACAGUGGAAAAAUAUAGUGGAUGCAUCCAGCAUGUCGGGGAACAAGGGAAAGAGGAGCUACCAGAAGGCACUUUGCAUAGGCAAUUUUUAAACUUGGAGUUGGCCAUGACUAAAAGGAUAAUGUUGGUCAUUGGUGUGUCUGUAAUGAUUAUUCAGUUAAAAACAAAUGAAGAUAAAUGCAACAUCAUGCUGUCUGUAAAACUAUCCUUUUUUUAUCCAGUUUUUUUAUUGAUACGCACAUACGUACAUUCCAUUUUGCAGUAAUUUUGCUAAAAGUUAAUUGAAAUUUAAAAACUAUAAAAUAUGUUUUAAAGUUGUAUUUAAAACUUUUAAGAGUACUUCUAAUGGUUUUGGUAUCUCCAACUUCCCAUCUACAACCAUUUCUAUAUGAACUUGGUUUGAGAAUGACAUUUUUGACAAAGAGACAAUUAAAAACUCUGAGCAAUGUUUA